GAAGUGAAAAGUAAUUGGCAUAGUCAUUACAUUAAUUUAUAUUCAAUAUUUCACAUUUUUAAAAUUUUUACCUAAAUAAAACUUGAUUCUUAUUAUAUCUUGUAAUAAACGGCAACGGUGGGAAAUUGUGUUCAAAACAAAGGCGCAAAUUUCGUAUAACGUCUAAAACGUCAGAAAUAAAAAGGUUCUGAGUGUAUUCAUAUAAAACUAUGGCUGAAACUGAUUUAGAAAUCACUCAUGCGCUUUCACGACAUGAGUAUAAAAAUAAUUCAACUGAAGAUUUUCUCUAUACAAACAUUAUUAGAACCUAUGAAGAACCAUAUCCCAUAUCCGAUCCCAUUGAAUAUAAAAUACCCUAUGCUCAAACCAUGGAAUGUCAGAUUCGAAAACUAAGAUUAUCUUUGGAAACUUACAGAGAAUUUUUGCUUAAUAUUUAUAGUAUAUUAUUAUGGGAAAGACAAUGGCAUCCAACAUCUUUGGCAGCGGGAUGUACAGUAAUUUUUAUGUUGAUCUGGCUGAGUGAAUCCAAUUUAUUAACAGUUAUCUCAUUGCUCGGACUGAUAAUUACAAUUGGAGAUUAUACUUUACCAACACUAAUUUCCACUCUUUAUAAAGAAGAAACUUGGAAUACACGUAAACAAAAUCGAUUCGAAGAACUUUGCACAAAUAUUAUUCUGUAUAAAACAAAAUUUGAGCUGUUGGUUUCUGCCUAUUAUAGAAUGAGAGAAACUAAUCCAAAAAUGUAUUUUACAGUAACAAUUGUUGCUCUUUCAAUAUUGACAUGGAUUGGUGGUAGAGUAAACAACCUCUUCCUGACUUAUUUAUUUAUCAUGAUCGUUUUACUGCUACCAGGAAUGAUACAUCAUGGUUUCUUAAAUAAACUAACGGAGCAAUUAUCAAAACUGUUCACAGAUCUAGUCGAAAAUGCUAAAGCUAAAGUUGGACAGAAGAAAAUUCAAUAAUAUUUUCACUUGUUUUCGUUAUAGAUUUUCAUUUUUUUCUUUUAAAUUGGUAUCUUGAGAAAUUGCUCAAACUCAGAAUAUAAUUUUAGUUGUAGUUAUACAAUUUUUCAUGAAAAAUUCAGUGUGAUAUUUAGACUGACGUUACCAUAUAAUUCCUUAAAUGUAAAUUAGUUUUAUAUUCAAUAAAAUAGUUUUUCAAUGAGUUUUAA